AUGGGAUCGGAGCCUCGGGUCGACCCGAGGCCCGAGCUGAUUAACUUGCCCGUUCUUCAGAAAUUCAAGCUCUACGCUACUCCUUCGAAUUUUUAUUUGAUUGGGAGAGAUGAGAGCAAAAGCUUUAGGAGGAUUCUUAAGAUUGAUCGAACAGAGCGAAACGAGUUGAAUUUGUUUGAAGAUCCUACAAGGUAUACAAAUGAAGAAAUGCGCGAACUGAAACGAUGGAUACAUCGAGGGAACAAGGAGUAUGGUGGGCUACAAGGAAUCACAACUUGCUAUGGAAUCAUUGGGUUUGUGAAAUUCUUGGAGCCCUAUUACAUGCUGGUGAUAACAAAAAUAAAGAAAGUGGGAGAGAUCUGCGGCCAUACGAUUUAUGGUAUAGCAGAGACUCGAAUGAUUGUGAUUCCAAAUCCUAACGUUAAAACUAGAGUGGCUGAUUCUUUUGCCGAGCAAAGGUACAAGAAGCUUCUAAGCAUGGUGGAUCUUAGCAAAAACUUCUACUUCAGCUACACAUAUCACCUCAUGUAUUGCCUACAGAAGAACAUAGGCAAUAAAAAGAGAGGAGAAAUUCAUGACAACACAAUGUUUGUGUGGAACGCGCAUUUAACACGCGGGAUCAGAAGGAUCCUGAACAAUACCAUAUGGACGGUUGCAUUGAUAUAUGGAUUCUUUCAACAGACUAAAUGUUCAGUAUCUGGUGAGGAAUUUGUAUUCACUGUAAUUGCUCGGCGUUCACGGCAUUAUGCUGGUACAAGAUAUCUAAGGCGCGGUGUAAAUGAUAUAGGCAGAGUGGCCAAUGACGUUGAGACAGAGCAGAUUGUUUCCAAAGAGGUUCCAGAGGGUCAGAAAAUCCCGAUAACAUCAGUCGUGCAAGUUCGAGGCUCCAUACCUUUAUAUUGGUCACAGGAGGCAUCUCUGUUCAAUCCACAACCUGAGAUUAAAUUAAACAAGAAGGAUGCGACUUAUGUGGCUACUCGACACCAUUUUGAGAAUCUGAGACAGAGGUAUGGGAAGCGGAUAAUAAUUCUGAACCUCCUAAAGACAGGUGAAAAAACGCGCCGAGAAAGCAUCUUACGAGCAGAGUUUGCAAAAGCUAUUCGAUAUAUUAAUAGAGGCAUAAGGAAGGAGAAUCGUUUAAAGGCAAUCCAUUUUGAUCUAAGCAAACACUCCAAAAGUGGAGUUGAUAGUGCAUUCAACCACUUGUGUAUCUUUGCGAGGAAAGCAUUGGAAUUAACUGACUUAUUUUACUGUAAAGCUCCUUCAGGUGUAGGAGCUGAAGGAGUAAUCAAUGAUUCGUAUUUCAAUAACCCUGUUACGAGUCAAGACGAAGAGGCAACUAGUCCAGAAAAAGAAGCUUUGAAGGCGGAUAUAUUUCUGCUACAAAACGGGGUCUUGAGGACAAACUGCAUAGACUGUUUGGACCGUACUAACUUCGCGCAAUACGCUCAUGGAUUGGUAGCUCUUGCUCAUCAGCUGCAUACAUUGGGUAUCACAGGGCCUCCUAUAAUCGAUCUUAAUAAUCCUUUGGCGAUAAAAUUGAUGGAAGCUUACCAAAACAUGGGAGAUACAUUGGCGUUGCAGUACGGUGGCUCAGAAGCACACAUAAAGAUGUUCAGUGCUUUGAGAGGUCAUUGGAACAUGAUGAAGCACCGUGAUAUCUUCACAGCUGUACGUCGUCACUACAAUAACGCUUAUCAGGACAAUGACAAGCAGAACGCAAUCAAUGUGUUCUUGGGGCAUUUCCGGCCUCAGUUGGGGAAGCCAGCACUAUGGGAGUUAGAUUCUGACCAGCACAACAUUGCAAGAGCUAGUUCGAACUUAGAUAUCGAAAACAUGAGGCCACUAAUUAGGAGAUCCUUUUCCGAUAACAUCCUCAUGGACGGUGAUUUGAAUCUUGAGGAGCAGGCACUCGAAACUCAGCCUUCACGUGAAGGGUUAAACGGGGGUAUCUCAGAAACCAAUUCAGAUUUCGCAUUCUACGAAACUGAACCAGCUUCUCUAGACUUCCUCUCGGUUACAUGCUGUGAAGACCAUUUGAAAGGAGCGGGACCAAGCGAGAUGUUUCCAGGAAGCUGCUCUAAUUCUGAUUCUCACAAGUCCCCCAAUGAUAUUCCUGGCUUUGCACACUCAUAUAAAACUAAAUUUACUCCGGUAGAAGAAAUAUUUGAACUUUCGAGCACAAGAUCUUGGUCGUCAGAUAAUAUGUUCACCGACCUGGAUGAAUCCGUCACUUCUUUAUCAAACACGAGCUCCAGUUUUGAGUUUCGUCCAAGAAUAGGCGGUUCCGAUCAAGGUGAAUAUGUUUUAGCACCCGGCUUCUCGAAUGAUUUCACUCGGUGGGUUUUAUCUGGGAGAGCGUUGUAA